CCACGCACAAUUUGAAAAUGUUUUUCGCUUUGUUUAUUGGAAUACUUAUGCUUCUGGUGCUGUGGGACCAUUUGCACCACAGGCGACACGCGAAAAUGUUGAACAAGGCUGGAAUAGUUGGCCCACCCACAGUUCCCUUCUUGGGCAACGCAUUGACUUUGCUUAAAGAGUCGCCUGCAACUGUGUUCGAUCUUCAACAACGACUGAUUAAUCAAUAUGGCAGGAACAUUCGUAUGACCAUUCUGUUCGAAAAGGGCUUUAUGACAGCCGAUCCUCGGAUGAUCGAGGCCAUAUUGAGCAGUCAGAAGGUUAUACAAAAGAACAAUCUUUAUGAUCUGUUGCACAGUUGGCUGGGCACCGGACUGUUAUUGAGCACGGGAAAGAAGUGGUUCAGGCGUCGCAAGAUCAUAACGCCAACAUUCCAUUUCAAGAUUUUGGAGCAAUUUGUAGAGGUUUUUGAUCAGAACAGUGCCAUAAUGGCCGAACAGCUAUACGAGAAGGCCGAUGGCAAGACAGUGAUCAAUAUGUUUCCAGUUGCCUGUCUGUGUGCCUUGGAUAUUAUAGCCGAAACGGCGAUGGGUGUCCAAGUCCAUGCACAACGUAAGCCAGAUUUUCCAUAUGUGCAAUCAGUAAAAACGGCCUCCAAUAUGCUGGCUGAACGUUUUUUGAGCCCCGCCCAACGUUUCGAUACCACCAUGAAAAUAUUUUACCCCAAGCUCUAUAACACUCUCACCAAAACCAUUCAGACCAUGCACGACUUCACCGACAGUGUGAUCGCUGACCGACGUGCGGCAUUACAGAAAUCGAUUGCCGACGGCUCAUACGACCGAAGUGAAUCCAAGGCCACCGACGUUGGCGAAGAUGUUGGCCAGAAACGUCGCAUGGCCCUUCUGGAUGUGCUGCUCCAAGCCUCUGUGGAUGGCCAGCCAUUGAGCAAUGCGGACAUCAGAGAAGAGGUUGACACAUUCAUGUUUGAGGGUCAUGAUACUACGACAAGUGGAAUUUCCUACACUUUGUAUCUGCUGUCGCGCAACCCGGAGGCUCAGGCGCGUUGCUUCCAGGAGAUACGUGAAGUGAUUGGCGAUGACAAGACCCGGCCUGUGGAUAUGAAAGAUUUGGGCCAACUCAAAUAUUUGGAGUGUGCCAUCAAAGAAUCUUUACGUCUAUUUCCGCCAGUUCCUCUUAUCGGACGAUAUGUUGCCGAGGAUACUGAGUUGAAUGGAAAGCUGAUACCUGCCAAUACAAACGUCAUCCUGCUUACCUAUCAUGCCCAACGGGAUCCCGAGUUCUUUGAGGAACCGAAUAAAUUUAAUCCCGAUCGCUUUGCCAUCGAGAACAAAGGAGACAUCGAUCCCUUUGCCUACACACCCUUCUCAGCUGGUCCACGUAAUUGUAUUGGCCAAAAGUUUGCCAUGCUUGAAAUGAAAAGCACCAUAAGCAAAAUGUUGAGGCACUUUGAGCUACUGCCCCUGGGUCCUGAAGUUCAACCACUAAUGAACCUCAUUUUGCGGUCGACAACAGGCAUAAAUGUGGGCAUUAAACCGAGAGUCUAUUAAUGGGCUAAUUUCUGAUUUUUUUUUUUGUAAAUAUACGUAUAUAUAUGUAAUAUCAGCGGCAGCUAUUAGGUACCAAAAAUAUUUAAAAUAAAUUUUAUAUUAGCAU